CUUGCAUCCACCAUGAUCAAGAAGAUGACACCCUCCGAGAUCGAGUUGAACAUCCCGGCCAAGAACUGCCGCAGGAUGGUCAUCCUGGGCUCCACCAAAGUGGGCAAGACGGCCAUCAUCUCGCGUUUUUUGAACGCGCGGGUGGACGAGCAGUACACGCCGACGAUAGAGGACUUCCACAGGAAGUUCUACAGCAUCCGAGGGAGCGUUUACCAGCUGGACAUUUUGGACACGUCCGGGAACCAUCCUUUCCCAGCCAUGAGGAGGCUCUCCAUCCUGACAGGCGACGUGUUCAUUUUGGUGUUCAGCCUGGACAACAGAGACUCCUUCCAGGAGGUGCAGCGCCUCAAGCGGCAGAUCUACGAGACCAAGUCGUGCCUGAGAAACAAGACCAAGGAGAGCGCCGACGUGCCGCUCGUCAUCUGCGGCAACAAGUGCGACCGCGAGUCCCAGCGCCAGGUGCGGGACGAGGAGAUCGAGCAGCUGCUGCGCGGCGACGAGGAGCGCCGCUGCGCCUACUUCGAGAUCUCGGCCAAGAAGAACACCAACGUGGACCGCAUGUUCCAGACGCUGUUCGCCACGGCCAAGCUGCCGGACGAGAUGAGCCCCGACCGGCACUGCAAGGUGUCGCUGCAGUCGUGCGAGCUGCUGCACCGCAAGUCCUUCCGCGCCAAGAAGUGCAAGGACGCCUACGGCAUCGUGGCGCCGUUCGCGCGAAGGCCCAGCGUCCACAGCGACUUGAUGUACAUCAAGGAGAAGGCCGUGGGAGGAGGUCAGGCGAAGGAGAAAGCUUGCGUCAUAUGCUGA